GAAGAGUAUAUAAAGGCGCCCACUCUACUUUUUCUUCGUUCAAAUUUUUCACUCUCUUUUUCUCUCUCUUUGUUUGAGGGGUUGUCGUAGGGUUUCUAAUUCUCACUUUUGAAAUCUAAAUCGGGAAUGUAACCCUCGCAAAAGCACUUCGCCUAAAUUCCUCAAAUUCCAAUUCAAAUUCAAAUUCAAAUUCGGUCCAUUUCUGGAUCCGUCAAUGGCGUUGUUGGCGGCAAGUGGCGGCGACACCGUCAAACUGUUCGACGCCUCCGCCGUGAAGCCCGGUGUGUAUACGCCCGGCGAUCCUUGCGCCCUCACCUUCACCCCUUCUCCCGGUUCCCAAGUCAAUUCAGUCAAGUGGAACCACACCAAUUUGGUUGUGGCCAGUGCUGGAGACGAUAAGAAGAUCUCGUUGUGGCGCAAGAAUGGCCAAAGCAUGGGGACCAUUCCCGUCGCCGGCACUGAUAGUGGAGAUAACAUUGAGGAAUCUAUAAUGGCUAUCAGCUUCAGUAACAAGGCAUCCAGAUAUGUUUGUUCUGGAGGAACGGGUCAAAUUGUAAGGAUAUGGGAUUUACAAAGGAAACGCUGCAUUAAAUGGCUAAAGGGUCAUACUAAUACUGUAACAGGUGUGAUGUACAAUUGUAAGGAUGAACAUUUGGCUUCUAUCAGCCUUAGUGGAGACCUAAUGCUUCAUAACCUCGCUUCUGGACAAAAGGCUGCUGAGCUCAAAGAUCCCAAUCAACAGAUGUUGAGAGUUCUUGAUUAUUCUCGAGUUAGUCGUCACCUUCUUGUGACUGCUGGUGACGAUGGGACAGUACAUUUGUGGGAUACAACUGGUCGCAGCCCUAAGGUUUCAUGGAUAAAGCAGCAUUCUGCACCAACUGCUGGUAUUAGCUUCUCUUCAUCCAAUGACAAGAUCAUUGCUAGUGUUGGCCUUGAUAAAAAGUUAUACAUUUAUGAUUCUGGAUCUAGAAGACCAUCAUCUUGCAUUUCUUAUGAAGCACCUUUCUCUUCGUUGGCCUUUAGAGAUGAUGGUUGGAUGCUGGCUGCUGGAACUAGCAAUGGGCGUGUGGCAUUCUAUGAUAUUCGUGGAAAACCACAACCUGUUGCUGUUCUUCAUGCUUAUGGUAGUUCAGAGGCUGUUUCAAGCUUAUGCUGGCAAAGGUCUAAACCAGUUAUUGUUGAUGAAAGAAAUUGCACUGCUGAGACUGCACUUGUGGGAGAUACAGUUGAAGAUUCAAUACUUAUGCCUGAUCCUUUGCCUUCUGCAACUUCAUCAAACCUUUCUCUAUCUACAUCAGUGUCAGUUACUAGGAACUCUGGUCGGCUGGGUGCCUCCUUUGAUGCUUCUUCACUUACAUCAUCCGGCAGUGGUUUUACAUCAAGCAUGCUAAAUGCAUCUGCCGGAGAAGAAACUCCACAACGAAACCAUUUAUGGCCAGGUGGAACCCUGUCAAGGUUGCAUGCUCCGCGUGGUAGUUAUAACUUUAAGGAUGACAUGGAGGUAUUCUCCCCUCUUGUGGAUGUUCAACCAUUAACACCCUCACUAUGGGAUGAAAAUGGGAUAAAGAAGGAUAAUUUAUUUGCUGAUAGGAAGCCUUUGUUGUUUCCGUCAUCUAGUAGAAGAUUUUCAAAUUCUGAGGAAGGAAUCAGUGAUAAUCCAAUGUCUGAUUGGAAAUCUGGCUCAACUGCCAAGCAGGAUAUAACUCAAUCUUCCUUUCCACUUGUUGGCUCAACUCCUCCUCCAUCAUCAAAGAAUGAAGAUUCUUCUAUCACUCCUCCAGAAGCCUGGGGUGGUGAGCGGUUAAGUGAUAAAUAUGCUUAUACACGUCAGCCUGUUAGUGGACCAUCUCGUUUAGGGAUGUUGGCUUCUGGUGGUCAGACAGCAGGAUCCAUGUUAUCUGGAUUGCAAGAUACAUCCUCAUCUGUGGGUGUUAGCUCAUAUACCAGUUCAAGCCUAAAUUUUGCAAAUUUACGCACCAAGGAUGCCUCUACAAGCCAGGAGACUUCCUUUGGGUUUACUGAUCACAUGUUCUCUACUUCUUUGCCUUUGUCUAAUAUCAAUACAAAAUCCAGCCUUGGACAAGCAAACAUUGAUUCCCCAAAAAUCCUUGAUUCCCCAAGAAUGUCGUCUUUUUCUCGAAGAUUUUCUACAUAUGCAGAAAGAAUAAGCACUACAUCUACCUUCAGCGAUGGGGUGUCCCAUUCAGUUGGCUCACCUAAGAUUAAGAAAUCAGGAGCAGAAACCAGAGAAGAACUUCUAAAUAGCUUACUGUUGAAGUCUGAUACAUCUGGUCCCACAGAAUCUGGCACAUUACCACUGACAAGUGGAGUAACCUCACAACAGAAAGCAUCUCAGUCAGAUGCACAAGGAUCUUCAUUUACACUUCAGCUUUUUCAACGGACCCUGGAAGAAUCUCUGGAUUCCUUUCAGAAAUCCAUACACGAGGAUAUGAGAAACCUUCAUAUUGAAAUUUUAAGACAGUUUCAUAUGCAACAGACGGAAUUUUCAUCUGUAAUGAAUUCUUUUAUGGAGAACCAAGCUGAGUUGAUGAAAGAAGUGAUGUCUCUUCGUAAGGAAAACCAGCAGCUGAGACAAAUGCUUUGAUAGGGUGUGAAUAAGCUUUGCGACAUUUUUGUUUGGGAGGGUGCCUUUGUCCUAUCUUGUGGGGUCUUUUGUUUCUUUUACAAACUAACAGUUGGUGUAUGGCCUUCUGUCGUCAUCUUGAUUGCUUCUCUUAGUUUUAGUUGGUGGUGGUUGAAGAAAAAUAUCAUGAGAGAAUUGCUUUGUACUAAUAGGGAUUUGAAAAUGUACAGGAUGGUGAUUUUUCCAAUUACAGGAGCAUUGUUGAGUGAUCUA